AUGAGCAGUAUAAGGAGCAGUACAGUGAGCAGUACAAUGAGCAGUACUAUGCAGUAUAAGGAGCAGUACAGUGAGCAGUACAAUGAGCAGUACUAUGCAGUAUAAGGAGCAGUACAAUGAGCAGUACUAUGAGCAGUACAGUGUGUUGUCCUCCAGCAGCAUGAGUGUGGACGAGGACGCCCGCUGGCUGGACUGGGUCACCAAACAGUUUGAGAGCAUCGCUGGAGACGACCAGGAGAUCGACAUCAACGAGUUCAAGACGGCUCUGAACGUCAAAGAGUCGUUCUUCGCCGAGCGUUUCUUCGCUCUGUUCGACUCUGACGGAAGCAGCUCCAUCAGUCUGGACGAGCUGCUGAAGGCUCUGAACCUCCUGAUCCACGGCAGCGAGACGGACAAGCUGAAGUUCCUGUUCCAGGUCUACGACGUGGAUGGCAGCGGUUCGAUCGAUCCAGACGAGCUGCGGACGGUCCUGAAGUCGUGUCUGCGUGAGAGCGCCAUCUCUCUGCCGGAGGAGAAGCUGGAUGACUUGACGCUGGCGCUGUUCGAGUCGGCCGACAAAGACAACAGCGGAUCGAUCACCUUCGAGGAGCUCAAAGCUGAGCUGGAGAACUUCCCAGAGGUGAUGGAGAACCUCACCAUCAGCGCUGCUAACUGGCUGAAGCCUCCUGAGGAGGAGCAGAAGAAGCGAGGAGCUCCUCGUUACCUGACGAGAGCUUACUGGCUGAACAACAGCAGGAAGUUGUUCUUCUUGUGUCUCUACUCCUUCCUCAGUCUGCUCCUCUUCAUCACGGCCAUGAUGCAGCACAGACACGGGGGGGGCUGGUUCAUGGUGGCUAAAGGCUGUGGACAGUGUCUCAACUUCAACUGUACCUUCAUCAUGGUGCUGAUGCUGCGUCGCUUCCUCACCUGGCUGAGAGCCACCUGGGUGGUGAGGGUCUUUCCUCUGGACCAGAACAUCCUGCUGCACCAGAUCGUGGGCUACGCCAUCCUCUGCUACACACUUGUCCACACCACCGCACACGUCUUCAACUUCGUGCAGCUGUCUCAGAGUGGACAGUACCAGCUGUGGGAGUACCUGCUGACCACCAGACCGGGGAUCGGGUGGGUGAAGGGUUCAGCCUCUCUGACCGGAGUCGUUCUCCAGCUGGUGAUCUGUCUCAUGGUCCUCUGCUCCUCCACCUUCGUGAGGCGCAGCGGACACUUUGAGGUGUUCUACUGGUCUCACUUGUCCUACGUGUGGGUCUGGUCUCUGCUGAUGGUCCACUGUGCCAACUUCUGGAAGUGGUUCGUGGUUCCUGGUCUCCUCUUCCUGCUGGAGAAGAUCGUAGGCCUGGCGGUGUCUCGUAUGGGAGGUCUUUACGUCGUGGAAGUCAACCUGCUGCCCUCCAAGGUGACUCACCUGGUGAUCAAACGUCCUCAGUUCUUCCAUUUCAAACCUGGAGAUUACGUUUACAUCAACAUCCCGACAAUCGCCAAGUACGAGUGGCACCCGUUCACCAUCAGCAGUGCUCCGGAGCAGUCAGAGAGUCUGUGGCUUCACAUCCGUUCGAUGGGUCAGUGGACGAACCGUCUGUACGAGUACUUCAGACAACCAGAGGACCAGGAGGUCAGUCCUAAGAGACUAGCAGCCAGUCUGAGGACCAGGAGACAGAGGAUGAAGGACCAGGAGGACUUGUUCAGCUCCACUAACUGUAACGGAGCCGUAGCCUCUAAUGAGAACGACGCCGUCCAGCUGAUGAUGUACCGUCAGAACGGGUCCUGGUCCGACGUGGUCCCGGUCCCCCCGACAUCUGGAUCCCAGGACCCGGUGGAGCCUCUUGCAGAUGGCCUGGAGCCGGCAGAGAGAGGAGAGGCUCCUCCAAUCAGAGACCAGGUCCAGACCAACGACCUCAGUGUUCAGAGAUCUCUUCUUCUUCUUUCUGUUUCUAACAAUCUGAUUUACAAAUGCAGGUUUCUGCCAAGUUUGGUGAGAAUCACAGAUUCU